AUGUACGCUGUUUUAAAGACUGCUGGGGUGGACGCUGCGGACGGUCUCUGUUCGCCGGCUGAGAUGGUCAACUUUUACGAUUCGUGUUGGAACGCCAGCAAAUCUAUUUCUAAGGACGUCAACUUCCCUUUUGCUCCUGACAACUCCCGUGACCUAGUGGUGGGUAUCCAAAAUGUCGUCAUGGACAGCUUACAGAAAACAAGUGUGCACCUUGUCAAACGAGCCUUUGGUUUGCUAUAUGACGAUACUUUGCAUAAGCCGCUGCAGGACAUCAACGCCAAUGUGAAAUUUACGCUAGGUGUCAGUCUGGUUCGAUGGCCUGCAGUUGAUAUUAUCCUCUCCUAUAGCGCUUUUAACCUUAUAGCAACACCUCCCUAUCGGAGUCUAGACAAUAACACCAUGUACUCCCCGCUACGACACACGCAAGAUAGUGGGCCAUAUGCACAGGGUCGCAUGUUCUUGCAAGAAGCAUAUGUCAUUGUCGACUUCAAGCGGUACAACUUCUCGGUGUGUCAACACGAUUGGGAGCUUGGAGUCCAGCCGCAUAUUGUAACGAUCAAUCCUCCCUUAAGGAACGAAAAUCUUUGUUCCGCAAACUCCACUACUGCGACCGGUUCGCGUUUGCUUCUAGGGUGGCGGAAGCGAGUGUUUAUGCAGAAGUUCAUCGCAGAGGCUACUGCGCUGGCUGGCAAGGGAUCACCUCCGAACAGAGCUCCGAUAGCGGAGAUGCCGAACUGGAGAGUAACAAAGUCAUCCCGAAAGCCGAACUACCUGGCCAGGGUUCAACGUCAGACACCUGCUUCGCCUGUCGACACGGAAGGCUUGAAAAACCAAAUAUACGAGAUGGUUGGGUCCACUCAAGAGCGCAACGAAGCCGAUGGACGUCAGUCCACGGAGAAACAAGCCGUUGUUCACCGUGAGCGCAUGUGUGAUGGAAGUGAUCAGAUGAACCCCAACACUCCCUUGACCCCAGCUUUUCAAGACCGUCACCUUUUCGGGUGAUCGAUGUUGCGCAUAUUGUUGGCACCGCAUGUUCUUUAACAAUAUCGUCAGGUCCUUUGACAAUAGUCAGUCCAGUAUUCUUUGAAAUGCUG